CGACGUCCAGGGCGGAAGUGGGCGCUGCAGCAGGGGAGGUGGGCGACGGGUGACAUGGCGCCCUGUGGGCGUCUCGUGGGUCCCCUGGCAGCGCUGAUACUAUUCCUUUUGGGGACUCCUGGGACCCAUGGGCGGCGGAGCGACGUGCGCGUCAUCACGGACGAGAACUGGACGGAGAUGCUGGAAGGAGAGUGGAUGAUAGAAUUUUAUGCUCCAUGGUGUCCUGCUUGUCAAAAUCUUCAGCCAGAAUGGGAAAGUUUUGCUGAAUGGGGAGAAGACCUUGAGGUCAAUGUUGCAAAAGUGGAUGUCACAGAGCAGACAGGACUGAGUGGACGGUUUAUCAUAACUGCUCUUCCGACUAUCUACCAUUGUAAAGAUGGUGAAUUUAGGCGCUAUCAGGGUCCAAGGACUAAGAAAGACUUCAUAAACUUUAUAAGCGAGAAAGAAUGGAAGAGUAUUGAGCCAGUUUCAUCAUGGUUUGGUCCAGGUUCUAUUCUGAUGAGUAGCAUGUCAGCACUUUUCCGUCUAUCAAUGUACAUCAGGACUUGCCAUAACUAUUUUAUUGAAGACCUUGGAUUACCAGUUUGGGGCUCAUACACAGUCUUUGCUGUAGCAACUCUGUUUUCAGGACUGUUAUUAGGACUUUGUAUGAUAUUUGUGGCAGAUUGCCUGUGUCCUUCAAAAAGGCGCAAACCACAGCCAUGUUCUUCAAAAAAAUCACUACCAGAAUUUUCUCAACCUUUGAAGAAAGUAGAGGAGGAACACGAGGCUGAUGAAGCAGAUGUUUCUGAAGAGGAAGCAGAGAAUAAAGAAGGAGCAAGCCAAGGCAUGACCGAGAACACCGUACGACAGCGCAGCGUGGGUCCAGCCUUGGCCACAGAUAAAUCCUAGUCAACUUUUACAUAUGUCUUCCUAUUAUGAUUCUCACAAAGCAGAAGAUUGAACAUUUAUUUUGAAAUGAACUGUGACUUGCUUGUGUAUUACAGGGCAGCCUAAAUUGUCAUUAGAUUGGACAGUUUUCUUCAGAAAAUAAAAGGAAUUAGAUGUAAAAGUUUGAAAUACAACUUAAGACUAUUACAGUGGUUUAAAUAAUUGUUUAGUUUUAGAAGAUCUGGUGCCAAGCAAUAAGGCUUGUGUGUGUUUUUAUUUAACAACAUGUCUGAGAUUUAAACUGCCUUUCCUAAGAUUUACAUUACUGAGGUAUUUAAGAAAAGUACUUUUGAGAGAAAGGUUUCUCCCUUGUUAAAUUUUUUCUCAGUUUCACUGUGUGAAAAAAGGAACUUAUUUCCCAUAAAUGGGAACCUUGCCCAUUGUUUAAAAAAAUGUAUUUCAGUGAUAACUGGUAUUUUAGAGAUAUAGUCUAAAAUUUCCUCAUAAUUUUUAGAUUAAGCAACUAAUAAAAACUAUCUUUACAACUUUAUUUUAUACACAUGAUACAUAGGAUAUGCUGCUGAUUGGGAAGUUUUAAUAAGUCCAUGGUAUUCUUUUAUUCCUGUAAAUGUUGAUUGCCUACUUGGCCCCUUGUUCACUAUAUGAUUUAUAGUUCUCUAUCUUAAGUUAAAUUUUUAACUGGGUGACAUAAGUAGUAUCACUAUAUUUAAUUGGGUAACAUAAAUAGUAUCACUAUUAUAUUUAUAGCUAGUAAGCAAUACUUUUUUGCUUUAACUUUAAAUGUACUAAGAGAAAUAUCAAGUUGAACUCUUUACUGAAAAUCUACAAAUGUGACUAUACAUUCCAGAUUUUACAGUAUUGAUCUUGAAUUUUCUUUGCUUCACUCUUACUAAUGUGAAAGUGGACAUUCCUGAUUUUUUUAUUUGAUAUGGAAAAGCUUUGGUAUUUUACAUUUUGUAAACUCAAAGCUUAAUUUGAUAUAAAAUGAAGUUUGCAUUCUACUCAGGAAAAAAACACCUACUGUAUGUUUUCAAUAUAUCUUUGUCAUCUUAUAGAAAACUGUUACAUGAUUUUAUAGUCAGUAUAUUGUUUCAUGUCUUAAAAUCAUAACACUUUAAUGUUUUAUAAAAGAUGAAUUUCCUAUUCUGUUGUUCUUGACUGCUAAUAUUAUAUAUUUCGCAGGUGAAAGUCAUUAAAAUGAAAUAUAUAGAUUUCAUCUUACAGCAAGGGAGAAUGUGAUGGAGGACUGUAUUAGCUUCCAUUUUCCCCUAAAAACCCAAACCAUAAAUACUCAGAAUGAGUCAGCCAACCUUUGUGUAAUAGAUGGUUUCUGUAUUGUCCCAUCCUUUUUUGAGGUUCUUUGUAAAUGUAUUAGAAUUGCAGUAUCAUAAUGUAUAGCAGUUUGCUUCCAUCUUCUCCUCUAGAUAUUAAAUGUUCUGCCAUCAAA